AUGACAGUUCAUGGGCUUCUGGGGGCUGCCCAAGGUGCAUUGUCCUGGCUGGCAGGACAGAAACAUGCCAAAGGCCAGGAUUUGUUUGAUCAGAUCGUGUACCACUUGGACCUCGUGGAAACAGAUUACUUUGGCCUCCAGUUCCUCGACUCUUCCCAGGUUGCGCACUGGCUGGACCAUUCCAAACCCAUAAAAAAGCAGAUGAAAAUUGGACCUGCUUAUGCUUUGCACUUUCGAGUUAAAUAUUAUUCUUCGGAACCGAACAACCUUCGUGAAGAGUUUACAAGGUACCUGUUUGUUUUACAACUCAGGCAUGACAUUCUUUCAGGAAAACUGAAAUGCCCAUAUGAAACGGCUGUGGAAUUAGCUGCUCUCUGUCUACAAGCGGAGCUGGGGGAGUGUGAGCUUCCAGAACACACGCCAGAGCUUGUGUCUGAGUUUCGGUUCAUUCCAAAUCAGACAGAAGCGAUGGAAUUUGAUAUCUUCCAGAGAUGGAAAGAGUGCAGGGGAAAGAGCCCUGCCCAGGCGGAACUGUCCUAUCUGAAUAAAGCGAAGUGGCUGGAAAUGUAUGGGGUAGACAUGCACGUUGUCAGGGGAAGAGAUGGCUGUGAAUAUUCUCUUGGACUGACCCCGACAGGCAUAUUAAUCUUUGAAGGAGCUAACAAAAUAGGCUUAUUCUUUUGGCCAAAAAUUACCAAGAUGGAUUUUAAAAAGAGCAAAUUGACAUUGGUGGUAGUGGAGGAUGAUGAUCAGGGACGGGAGCAAGAGCACACGUUUGUCUUCCGGCUGGACAGCGCCAGGACCUGUAAGCACCUCUGGAAAUGUGCGGUCGAGCAUCACGCCUUCUUCCGCCUGCGGACGCCGGGAAAUAGCAAAUCGAACAGAUCAGACUUCAUCCGGCUGGGGUCUCGCUUCAGAUUCAGUGGGCGGACAGAGUAUCAAGCCACACAUGGGGCCAGGUUACGGAGAACCAGCACCUUUGAGCGGAAGCCUAGUAAACGCUAUCCAUCCCGGAGACAUUCGACGUUCAAAGCAAGCAACCCAGUGAUAGCGGCUCAGUUCUGCUCUAAAACAAAUCCUGAAGUCCAUAAUUACCAGCCUCAAUACCAUCCCAAUAUCCACCCCAGCCAGCCUCGGUGGCACCCUCACUCUCCAAAUGUAAGCUACCCGCUCCCUUCCCCAGGGCUCAGCAGCGCGGACCGGCUGCCUUUUGGCAUCGAGGAGAACGGGGGCACGCCUUUCACUACCAAAGCUUCGGGAAGGCACCACCACCACCACCACCAGCACCAGCACCACCCAAACUAUGGCCUCUCGCUGACUCUGGAGAACAAGGAGGGGCCUCUGAGAUCCCCAAACUCCAGCAGUAAAUCCCUUACAAAACUGAGUCCAGGAGGACCUGCCCUGUUCAGCGAAGCUGCUGCCCAUCUAAAGAAGCUGGAAUUGGAAACUGUGAAGGCGGCAGGACCCUGGCCUGCUCUGCACAUCAACAUAAAUAAGGCUGAAGAAAAAAAGGUUUCUGAGAAGACUCUUCAGACCCCACUUUUGCCUUCCCCUGUAGCUGAUCACGUGAAGUGUAACAUUUUGAAAGCCCAGCUGGAGAACGCAUCCCGAGUGAGUGCUCAGGUUGGAAAAGAGGAAUCGACGUUUGUAAAUAUCAAUAAGAAAUCCAGUCUGCAGGAUGCUAAAGUAAGAAGUCCUAUUCCUAUACGUGUGGAAACUACCCAACCAGCUGUGGAAAAGCCGGAAAUCAAGCCUCCCCGAGUGAGGAAGUUAACAAGACAAUACAGUUUUGAUGAAGAUGACCUCCCUCCCGACCUGGCCGAGGCAGUAGGAGCGUCCACAGCCGCAACCACACACACCACCACGGCCACCACGCAAGUCUCAGCGCCACUGGUGUCCCCCAAGGGCCACAAAGUCAGCUCGCCUCAGAAUUCAGAAGGCAAGGGCCCGCUGUCCCCAGGGGCCAAGAGUCCCUCUGACCGAGGAGGUGCCUUUACGUUGGAGCCAGGCGAUCUCCUGAUGGACUUCACGGAAGCUACUCCUCUGGCAGAGCCCGCCAGCGCCCCCCACUGUGCCCACUCUCGCUGUUCUCCUCCACUCUCUCCCCCCAUGAAGGAAGAGACCACUGGAGUUUGCAUGCACCCUCCAAUCAAAACGAGGCUGAUAAAAACGUUCCCGGCUGAUCCAGUGACCCCGUUUCCUGAUGCUUUCAUUACAGGGCCACAGUUCGCCGCAGACUUUAGAGACAGUAAGUUACAGUGCUGUCCUGGCCAGUCUUCCCCACUGAUUCCAUCAGUGACCCUGAGGCCUUUGACAGAGACCGUCUCCACCGUGCAGACCAUCUACACCACGCGGAAGCCUGUUUCUCUGGCAGCCAGUGCAGAGACGCUCCGGCAGGAACUGGAAAGAGAGAAAAUGAUGAAAAGACUAUUGAUGACCGAACUGUGA